UGUAGAUAUUUAAAACCUGCUUGCGUCGAAGAAAGGUUAAAUUUCGCUCAAACGUGGAGUAUGCGCUGUUCCUGACCAGAAAUCGUCGGCUUUUGACAUCUCCAAGACUGAUUGUUUUCCGAGCCGCCCGCCAUGUCGAAAGCUGGAGCGUUGGAUCUUGCAUCGGGCCUCGGCGGCAAGUUGGACAAGGGCGAGGUCCUUUCCGCGGUUGAAAAGUAUGAGAAGUACCAUGUUUGUUAUGGGGGUGAAGAGGAGGAGAGAAAAGCCAACUACUCUGACAUGGUUAAUAAAUACUAUGAUCUUGUUACGAGCUUUUACGAGUUCGGCUGGGGAGAGUCUUUCCAUUUUGCACCUAGAUGGAAUGGCGAGUCUCUGCGGGAGAGCAUAAAGAGGCACGAGCACUUCCUUGCUUUACAAUUAGGUUUGAAACCUGGACAGAAGGUGUUGGAUGUUGGAUGUGGUAUCGGUGGACCACUGAGAGAAAUUGCGAGAUUUAGUUCUACUUCAGUCACUGGAUUGAACAACAAUGAGUACCAGAUUUCAAGAGGAAAGGAGCUGAAUCGUGUUGCAAAAGUGCACAAUACCUGUGAUUUUGUCAAGGCUGACUUCAUGAAAAUGCCAUUUCCCGAUAAUUCAUUUGACGCAGUAUAUGCAAUUGAAGCUACUUGUCACGCACCAGAUGCUUAUGGGUGCUACAAGGAAAUUUACAGAGUACUAAAGCCUGGCCAACAUUUUGCUGCUUAUGAAUGGUGCAUGACCGAUUCUUUUGAUCCAAAUAACCAAGAGCAUCAAAAGAUAAAGGCAGAAAUUGAGAUUGGUGAUGGUCUUCCGGAUAUCAGGUCGACAGGAAAGUGCAUUGAAGCCUUAAAACAAGCAGGUUUUGAGGUUAUCUGGGAGAAAGAUCUCGCUGUGAAUUCACCUCUUCCUUGGUACUUACCUUUAGACAAAAGCCAUUUCUCACUGAGUAGCUUCCGUCUAACAGCCAUUGGACGUUUCAUUACUAAAAAUAUGGUUAAAGCAUUGGAGUUCAUUCGACUCGCCCCAAAGGGUAGCCAGAGAGUUCAAGACUUUCUAGAGAAAGCAGCUGAAGGGCUAGUUGAAGGUGGAAAGAAAGAGAUAUUUACACCAUUGUAUUUUUUCUUGGCCCGGAAGCCACUUUCAGCCAGUGAAUGAUUUGAAAGACAGUGCACAGUGAAGUAUCUUAUUUGCUGCUACUACAGUUGUGGGGUCUGUUGCAGUCAUCCUGAAGAAUAUGUUUUUGGCUUAAUUCCAUUCUAGGGUUUUUAUUCUUUUUUUGUGUUUACUUUCUUGUUGUUGGUGCUUUUUUUGGAAUUAGUUUCAAGUGGGGUUAUCUUGGUUCCUAGGUUAGGCUGAGCCAUUCUGGCUUAUCAUGAAUAUCUCUAUGGCCUUUUGUGGGAUGUUCGUUCUUUUGGACAAUUUGGGUCCGUUUAGUAAUGUUUCUAUUUCUUAUUUUUGGUUUCA